CUUUAGGUCCCGCAUAGUGAAACCAUCCUCACCCAAAAUUUCCCCAUCUCCAACAGCGAAAAUGAAAAGGAGAACGCAAAUCCCCUCCGCAGAGCUGCAGCUGGAGGCGGCCAUGGCAGCGCGCUAGCUGCGGCUGCUACUAGCCUACUACCGACCGAUGGACGCGACGGCGUCGGAGUCGGACCCCUCGUCGCCGCGCAGCCGGCAGCUGCUGCCACCGAUAGACGCGACGAUGGCGUCGGACCCGUCGCCGCCGCCGCACAGGCGGCAGCUGCGUGGCCCUCGCCCGCCGCGGCUCGACGUCAGGAUGGAGUCCCACAAGAUCAAGAAGCCGACCGCCGUCACUCCACAGCCGUACAAGAGAUCCCACCUGCACCUGCGGUGGUCUCGGGUCAAGGAAAUCCACUGCGAGCCUACCGACUUCAAGGCGCUCGUUCAGCGCCACACAGGCCCUGUCGCCACCGCGCCGCCCGACUGCACGGAGAUGCAAUACGCCGGACGGUCCGUCGUGUGGUCACCACCGGUCCGGCCGUCCCGGAUCGCCGCUGUCGUCGUCUCCGCGUCCGCGCGGUUAGCGGCCACCGUGAGGGCCGUUGGAGCGGACUCCUUGGUUGCAGCGGACGCGGACAGCAGCUUGGCAGCCGUUCUUAGCUUGCCGCGACGGCCGCCGGGGAUCCUGUCGCCUGCGGCUCUGCCGCCGGCGGCGUGCUCCGGGCAGUUCUCGGCGACGCCGUUUGACCCGAGCUGCCUCCCGUGGCUCAAGGACAAGGACAAGGAGCUGAGCCUGCAGAGCCCCUUCUUCCUGCCCGCUGGCGUAGAGGAGCUGCAAUGCCUGUUCACGCUGAACCCACGCACCCGCCUGCUCCCCGCCCCCGGCAUGCCACCAUGUCCGGCCACCGUAGUCUCGACGGCAGCUGGGUUGUCCGAAAAUAAUGUCCUGGAAAUAGAAAUUGAAUCAGGCAAUGGGGAAGGAGUACCUGCUGGACCUGUUGGUGACGCCGAGCGAUCUCCAAAAGCUGAACCGGCUGGUGACCUGCAAGUUGGAGCGUGUUUGGCCUCAAUCAAGCGGCUCUUUCAGCAGCUUGUUCAUGUUCGAACCAUCAUCUCAUCCUUCAGUGGAAAGCUACCAUCCGAUGCUUGGUUCAAUCAUGUCAAACAUUUGACCUCAGAUGCAGAAGAAUCUCUUGAACAUCUGCACUACCAGAUGAUGCUGGCCAAGCUUGGGGUUGGGGUUGGGACACACCUCGAGAAGGUAAUGCCCAAAGUGUCAGGGACUCGUUCCAAAACAACAGCUAUAAGCUUCAUGCACUUACUAGCUUCACAGGAACUUGUCAUCUUACCAGUUACUGACAAAUUGGAAGGCCUUCGACAUGGAAGCCCUGGAUUGUCUGGUGUAGUUCUUGGGAACUACAGUGAUAUGUUGUCACUUAGUUCUUCAGUCAUACGGUGCAUCCUUUUGUGUCGUGGCAUUUUAGGCAUUAUUAACAUGGUUAACAUGGAGGGUAAGGAUAAGAGCCUGGAACUUCCUGUGUUUGCUUUUGAUGACCUGACAUAUGCUGGUCUGAACAAGGGAAUUGGGAUGAAUGCACAUAGUGUACCAGCACGCAUGACUGACCCUAUAUAUUUGUUGCCUAUGUUUACCAGAAGUCUUUUGUGUUUGGAUCUCUCAAGCUACAGUGGCCUUACGCAGCUGCCUCCUUCCAUUGGCAACCUUUCUAAUCUGGCUGCAUUGAACCUUUCUCACUGUUAUUCCCUUCAAACAUUGACGGUGUCAAUAGGAAGCCUGAAGAACUUGCAAACUCUUGUUCUUUCCUGCUGCCAUGAACUAAGGAAUUUACCAGUGUCACUUUGUGAGCUUUCCAAGCUAAGAUUGCUGGAUUUGGCAGGCUGUUCCAGCCUUGAAAACUUACCUGCUUCUCUAGUAAAUCUUGGUAAUUUAGAGAAUCUAAACCUAUCAUAUUGCAAGGAAUUGAAGGAGCUUCCACAACCAUUUGGUAACCUCCAGGAACUGAAGUACUUGAAUUUAUCAGGCAGCCAUCGAGUUGACUUGGAUGUUGAGUGCCUAUGUACACUUGCAAACUUGAAAUCCCUAACUUUGUCGCCUCUCACCAAUAUUCAAGGCUUUCCUGAUUCCUUCAAAGAUCUGGCGAAUCGUCUGGAUAGUUUAAGAUGGUGGAAGAAGAACCAGAUCCAUCCCCAGUGCGGCCCAAAGGCUGCUUCUUUGCAAUCAUAUAGGUGUUAUGAGCAAAGUAUUAUUGACAUGUUACUUUCUGAUGAGGCUGACAAUAGUAGCGACCAGAUAGUCACUUCUGCUUGCAUAGUUGGCGAAAGUGGCAUGGGAAAGACUGAGCUAGUCCAUCAAAUUUACAAUAACCGAAUGAUUUUUGAUACCUUUGAUUUGAGAAUAUGGCUGAAUAUGUGUGAUAAAAAGAGGCUAUUAGGUAAGAUAGUAGAGCUCACUACUUGUGCAUCUUGUAGUGAUGCCUCAAUCAGUGUUCUCGAAGAAAUUGUAAUAGAAGAACUUACUAGCAAGAGGUUGUUACUUGUACUAGACGAUUCUGAAAUCAAGAGCCAAUAUUUCUGGGGUUAUAUACGGAAGCUACUUAAUGUUUGUGCAAAAGGAAGCGCUGUCAUUGUAACUACCAAGAGCAAGGAAGUUGCUAACCAGAUUGGAGCAAUGCAAACCUUUUACUUGAGUCCUCUAUCCAAAGAAGAAUGCUUUAUGAUUUUCAAGGAACAUGUGCUUGAAGAUUUAGCUAUGAAUAAUUACUGUCAGUUAGAAAGCAUUGGCUGGAAGUUUGUGGAGAAAUGUGGUGGCAAUCCAAUGUGCAUUAAAGUCCUAAGUGGGUUGUUAUGUCAUUCUGAAAUUGGAUUGUCUGAAAUUGAUAUGAUUGUUGAUGGUAUCUUACCAGCAUUAAGACUAUGUUACGAUCUUUUGCCAGCACACCUUCAGCAGUGCUUCAAAUUUUGUUCCCUAUUCCCCAAAGAUUAUAUUUUUGUCAAGCAUCACAUCAUCCGAUUAUGGAUAGCUGAAGGCUUUGUCUUCUGCGAAGAAGGUACUAAGCCAGAAGAUACUGCCCUGCAUUAUUUUGACCAACUAUUCUGCAGAUCAUUUUUCCAGCGUUCUCCAUUUCAUAGUGAUCAUAAAGACAGCUUUGUUAUGCAUGAGCUAUUUCAUGAUCUGGCACACUCUGUUUCCAAGAAUGAGUGCUUCAGAUGUGAGGAACCAUUCUGCAGCUUCGCUGAAAAUGUUUCCCACCUAUCCCUUGUUCUUUCAGAUUUUAAGACAGCUGCACUUUCUAAUGAAGUAAGGAAUCUGCAGUCUUUUCUGGUUGUCAGAAGAUGUUUACCAGUGGUGAGAAUUUUUACUUUGGAUGAUAUUUUUGUGAAACAUAGAUUUUUAAGGGCACUAAAUUUGAGCUAUACAGACAUACUAGAGCUGCCAAUUUCUAUUGGGAACAUGAAGCACCUGCGGCUCUUGGCUCUCAACAACACCAAGAUCAAAAGCCUUCCUAUUGAAAUAGGACAAGUAAAUAGUCUUCAAACAUUGGAACUGAAGGAUUGUUGCCACCUCAUUGACUUACCAGGAAGCACAAGUAGUUUGGCAAAGCUGCGACACCUUGAUGUGCAGAAAGAAUGGGGCAAUGUUAAUGUUGGCAUGCCUCAUGGUAUAGGAUAUCUGACGGAUCUCCAAACACUCACGACAUUCAACAUUGGGAAUGAUUUGUUGCAUUGCUCGAUUUCAGAGUUGAAGAAUCUGAAUGGGUUAAGUGGACAUGUUCAUGUAACUGGGCUUGAGAAUAUUAAGACAGCCAAUGAUGCCAGAGAAGCAAAUAUGAUGGGUAAGCACUUGCUAGAGGCUUUGACAUUGGAGUGGUCUUACCAGGAAGAAGGCAUGGACGAUGACAUGGGUAAAGAAAUUGCUAAUGAGAUUCUUCAACAUCUUCAACCUAACAGCAACAUUAUGGAGCUUGUCAUUCAAAAUUAUGCUGGAAAUUUGUUUCCUGUCUGGAUGCAGGACAAUUACCUUUGCAAGCUCAUCUCAGUUACACUUGAUAACUGCCAUGGCUGUAGUGAGCUCCCUUACCUUGGUGAUCUGCCAUCUCUCAAAUCUCUUUUCAUACAGAGAAUAAAUGGUGUUGAAAGAUUUGGAAUCGAGACUAGUUCUUUGGCCACUGAAGAAAAACAUCCCACUGGAUUUCCAUCACUGGAGGUGCUGAAUAUAUGCGAGAUGUAUGAUUUGCAGUUCUGGGUCAGCAUGAGAGAGGGGGAUUUUCCACGACUCUUCCGUCUUUCUAUCAGUAGAUGCCCAAAACUCACCAACUUGCCUCGCCUUAUUUCCCUAGUGCAUGUGUCAUUUUAUUAUGGUGUUGAACUGCCGACCUUCUCAGAACUUCCAUCACUGGAGUCACUAAAGAUUGAAGGAUUCCAGAAGAUUAGAUCUAUUAAUUUCCCACAUCAUUUGACAACCUUGAAGAAGUUGGAAAUUAUUGACUGUAAAGAGCUAUUAUCAGUAUAUGCUCAUUCCUUGUCUGUUUCAGAUUUAAAAGUUGUCAGGUGCCUGAAACUUGAUUUGGUUGGAAGCUCAACAGAAGACCAUAUCGGCCAGAAAGUGGUUAAUGGAAGGAAUAGCCUGACAAGGAGGCCUAUGGUGCUAAAAACUUUGACAUAUACAAAUGUCUUGGAUGAUGAUAGCAAGUGGGAAAAGUUUGGAGAAAAGAAUAUAUUUGGCUACAUAUUUGCAAGGUCUUACUACAGAUGCAUUUGGAGAAACUUGACAGGAUGCAGUGCAACAAAGAUUUUGCAGCCGGACAACAAUGAUGCCAACACAUUGUUUGUCAUGUACAUCUCUGAGCACAAUCAUGGAUUCUCCAAUGAACCACACCUUGAACUGCAGAGUCAACUUGGAACAGGUCGUAAACGAAAGGAAUAUGAUGUGUCCAGUGAUGAAAACACAUCUAGAAAACAACUGCAUGACUCUUCUGUCAGCGCUGCUUCUAGUGUGCCACGUCCGGCAACGGGGGAGGCGACGCCAUCAAGCGCUGAAGAGCUCAAGGCAAAGAAGAUGGGCCGGCCCAGGAAGCCGAACCCACGCGUCUUCGGCCCGGAAUGGAGCAUCGCAACCCAGUUUCGAGCCUUUUUACAGACGGUUGACAUAACACAACCGCCUGUGGAAACGUUCUCAAUUAACUGCCAGUGGAAAGUUUCAUUUGCACUGGCCCCAACGCUGGCGGGCCUAAAAAUGCCUGUAGAAAUAGGUUUGGAACCGCUUUGGGCGUACCUAUAUAUGGGUGAGCGAGUACGUGCGGGUGAGCGGCCCUUGCGGGCAGCGACCCCAGCGGCAAGCGGCGAGCAGCCCCGGCGGGCCAAGCGUCCCCGGAGGCGCGCGGACGAGUCGCACCUGCCCGGCGCUGGAACGCGGAGACCCGCGGUGGCGGCGGAGGGUGAAGGAGCGCGUGGCUACGGCGAAUACGCCGGCCGCGGGCGCGGCACCCGCGUAGGCCUCCAUGGCCGGAGCAAGUCGAGGAGUGGCGAAGAGGAGCUCACAGGAUAUCCGGCAAUGGACAACCAUGGAGAGAAGACCAUCAUCCACACGCUGCGAGACGCGCUGCUUCACUUCGCAGUCAAGUCCAAGAAGCUCGCGUCGCCGCUGCUGGAGCCGUUCGGGCGCGCGUCCCAGCCGGCCACCGUCGACGACGACGAGCUGACGGCGCUCAAGUCAAAGCUGCGGCGGAUCCGCACCACGCUCCGCGACGCCGAGAGCCUGUCCGUCACCGACCGCUCCGUCCAGCUGUGGCUGGCCGAGCUCGGCGACCUCGAGCACCGGGCCGAGGACGUUGUCGAGGAGCUGGAGUACGAGUCCCGCCGCUCGGCGCAGCUGGAGGAGCUCAAGCAAGACCUGCUCUACGCCGCCACGACGGGGAAGCGGCGCCGGGAGGUGGCGCUGCUGUUCGCGCCCGCGCCGGCGAGGCGGCUCCGCCGCAAGAUCGACGACGUCUGGGCGAGGUACGAGGAGAUCUCGUCCGACAGGAAGAAGCUCCGGCUGUGGCCCGGCGACGGCGCGCCCCGGCCCGCGGCGAGCCCGCUCGUGCCAAGCAGCGCGCUUCCCCGUAGCGAGCGCCUCCACGGGCGGCAGCGCGACAUCGAGAGGGUCGCCGCCGCGCUAGUACGCGGGGAGCCGGACGCCGGGAGGAGCUACGCCGUCGUGCCCAUCGUCGGGAUGGCCGGCGUCGGCAAGACGGCUCUGAUGCAGCACGUCUGCGGCAUGGAGGCCGUCAAGUCGCACUUUGAACUGACGCACUGGAUUUGGGUCUCCCAGGAGUUUGACGUCGUCAGCGUGACCCGCAAGAUCGUCGAGGCGGUCACCAGAUCACCGCCGGAGUGCAGCGAGCUGAGCACGCUUCAUGAGCUCAUAGUCGAGCACCUUGCGGGGAAGAGGUGUUUGAUCGUUCUCGACGACGUGUGGGAUGACAAUCCCAGCCACUGGAACAGCCUGACGGCCCCGCUGAGCUGCUGCGCGCCAGGGAGCGCGGUUGCCGUGACGACGAGGAGCAAUAAGGUUGCUAGGAUGGUGAGCACCAAGGUGUAUCAUCUCAAAUGUUUGUCAGAUGAAGACUGCUGGCGUGUAUGCCAGCGACGGGCGCUGCCCAAUAGCGAUGCCAACGUCGACCAAGAACUUGUAGAGAUCGGUGAGAAGAUUGCAAAGAAAUGUCAGGGCUUGCCAUUGGCGGCAGAGGCAGCUGGUAGCGCCCUGAGCACUUCAACCAGCUGGAAGCACUGGGAUGAAGUCCUGAAUAACGACUUGUGGGCUGACAAUGAGGUGAAGAAUCUGGUACUGCCGGUCCUGAAGGUGAGCUACGAUCACCUGUCCAUGCCGCUGAAGCGUAGCUUUGCCUUUUGUUCAUUGUUUCCAAAGGGCUUCGCCUUCGACAAAGAUCUGCUAGUCCAGCUGUGGACUGCGCAGGGUUUUGUGGAUGCUGAAGGAGACUGCAGCCUUGAAGCCAUUGCCAAUGGCUACUUCAAUGACUUGGUGUCAAAGUGCUUCUUCCACCCUUCCCCAUCUCAUGCUAUCAGCGAAGGGAAGUUUGUUAUGCAUGACCUGUACCAGGAGCUUGCUCAGUUUGUUUCAGAAAACCAGGAGGAGAUGGCCUUCAGAACAAAGAUUCCUUCUGAGCUGAUCACAGAUUUUGAAUGCUUAAGAGCUUUAGAUUUGAGCAACUCUAAUAUCAUGGAGCUACCGAAAUCCAUUGGAAGUCUGAUACACCUAAGGUUCCUUGGUCUGGACAACACCGCAAUCCAGAAGUUGCCUGAGUCAAUUUGUGCGCUUUUCCACUUGCAGACAAUUAAGCUUAACCAUUGUUCAUCCCUUACUCAAUUGCCUCAAGGCAUCAAGCUCCUAUUGAAUCUAAGGUGCCUAGAGAUUCCACAUUCAGACAUAAAGAUGCCUUCUGGGAUUGGAGAGUUGACUAGGCUGCAGAGACUACCUUUUUUUGCCAUUGGGAAUGAGCCUGCUGGAUGUAGCAUAGCAGACCUGAACCAGCUGGUAAACCUCAAAGGACGUCUUCACAUUGCAGGUUUAAACAACCUGGAUGGUGCACAAGCUUCCACCGCCAACCUUUGGAACAAGUUAGGGAUUCAAAAGCUUAUACUUGAAUGGUCUGAACUUAGAAAUUUUAACAAGUCCCUUUAUGAUCUGCAAGGAAAAGCAGUGAGCUGCAUAUCAGACAGUCAGCACCCUCGAAUCAGUGAUACAGCAGAUCAGGUUUUAAAGUGCCUCAAGCCACAUUCAAAUCUGGAGGAGCUCAGUAUCAAGGGUUAUAAUGGAUCCUUUUCUCCAUCAUGGUUAGGAUGGCUGCCCUUGGACAGGUUAGCUUCUAUUGAACUGAAAGACUGUCAUAAUUGCAAAGAAGUACCGCCCCUUGGCUGCUUACCAUCACUGAAACACAUUUUGAUACAAUCACUGCCAAACGUGAAGCUAAUUGGUCCAGAGUUCUUUGGCAAUGUUGGAGAUACCACUUCUAACAGUAGGAGCAGAAUCUGUAACGUGUUCCCUUCACUGGAGUCACUAAAGUUCAGGAACAUGGAAGCUUGGGAGGAAUGGCUUGGUGUCAAGAGUGAGCACUUCCCCAAUCUUAAAUAUUUCAGCAUUGCCAGAUGCAGCAAACUGAAACUGCUGCCCAAGUUCACUUCAGAACCAAAGCUGAAAAUACAGUACUGUGACCUGCUGCAAAUGCCUUUGUGUCAGAAAUAUAGGAAUACGGUGAAGCACAUACCAGCUAAAAAUGAAAUCUCAUAUACUUGCAUUGCGGAAGGUGACAUUUUAGUUCUUGAAGCUUCCUGUUCCUAUAGUGCAUAGAAUCCUAGACGGCAAUCAUUCAUCUGCUUAAUCAGGGUUGCAAUGCAAGGAUGUCAUCAAUGCAACCAGGAGCUGAUUGGUGUAUGUGCCUGUGUGGUAUGAUAAUUGAAAUAGAAAGGCAUAGGGGAAUUAUUUGUGUUUGAUGCAAUGAUAUUCAUAAAUGGGUCCAAGAACUCUCACCGUGGUUUUAUGUAACCCAUUAAGGGACAGUUACGAGCAAGGCACUUGAGGCUGUUUGCACUACGCAGACCAGAAGAGCUUAAAUUUCUAUGGGCAUGCCUCUCCAAACAAAAACCCUGCCUAAUUCCACAAUUUUCAUGAUCUAUGGAAUGGUCUACUUUACUGGUGUGAAUUGAGAAUGUGAGAAGAAGCAUUGAAAAGUAAAGCCAAUAUCAAAUGGAGAAAAAAUUACCUUUGUAUAAGCAUUUUUACCAUCCUUACAUCUAUCAGUCUAUAUGUUAUGCCAGUCUCAGCUUUUCAGACUCAAGCUGAUAUUCAAGCAAAUUCAAUAUGUAUCCCUUAGCUGAGGUUUGUGGGAGU